AUGUCUAAAAUGUACUUAAUUAAAUGAUGGACUAAAAUAUGUCAGCUGUUUCGAAACAUAGUAUAUACUAGAUAAAUCUGAGAUAGUGUAUUGUAUGGAUUGAGAUCCGUGCAACUCUGCAAACAUUUAGUGCUAGGAUAAAAAAUAAAUAAAUCGACUGCUAAGAAAAAAGUAAAUAAAAUUUUAAUAAUAACAUUAAAAUGUGAAACAUUAAAAGAUUCCGAUUAAAGUAACCUGGAGCUUAUACGACAUGGAUUCUAAGCAAUUACCACAGAAUUUUCAAGGUUUCAGCUCAGAAUCUGCUUACUUGCUAAACGACAACGAACUUACAUUGAAAAGAAGCCGUAAAGAAGCUUCCAAGAAACGAAAGUUCUGCGUUCUUGUGGCAUGUGUGAUACAACUAGUUGUAUGUGGUGGUACUGGAUAUGGACUGAGUGUCAUGUACGCUGAGAUCAUUAUUGUAUUUAACACCGAGAGAGCAGAUGCAGCCCUCAUUCAGAGCUUCAACAUGGGUAUGGCUGCAGCAAGCGGAAUUAUGUUUACCUGGAUGAUAAAGAAGUUCGGACCAGGCGUGUGUAUAACAAUAGGAGCUUCCGUCAGUGCGAUAGGCUUAUUUGCAAGCGCAUUUGCGGAUAACCUUGUAACAAUUACGGUAUGCACCGGGGUUAUCACAGGAACAGCAAUGGGUAUUUGUCAACUUUGUGCCUACUUAACUGUCACCUGGACAUUUCAUCAUAAUCCUGGACUUUUCCUUGUUAUUUUAACUUUUGGAAUGAGUUUUGGCCAACUCAUAGGCCCAAAUAUGUAUGAACUUUUCAUAUCAAACUAUGCAUGGUCUGGAGCAUUUAUUCUUUUAGCUGCUGUUUCACUCCAGUUAAUACCAUUUGGACUUGUGAUUCAUUUAUCUAGAUACUAUUUUGUACGCACAAGUGAUAUGAGCAUACAAGAAAAACAGAGAUCGUGUUGUGAUAUCUCGCUGUUCAUUGAUGUUGUGAUAUGGGUCUUAUGGAUAAAUUUCCUAUUACUAGCACUUACAGGUAAUGUAGAGCCAUGGUUUAUAGUUGACCAUAUGAUAAGUCUUGGGUUCUCUCGAAAGGAUGGAGCAUUUACUUCAUCCGCAAUAGGAAUAGGAAAUUUCAUUGGUAAACUCAUAGGAGCGUUCAUUAAGUUCCGAUGCAGACAAGUUGCUACAGUAUACCAUUGGAUUUAUCUUGGAGUACUGAUGGCUGGGUUACAUAUGAUUAUCAUCUCCCUGGACCAAUUAAUAGCAUUAUUUCUGUUCUGUUUGUUAUUUGGUUGUAUAUUUGGGCUUAUAUUUUCCCAAGCUCCGGUGGUUAUGUUUGAGGCAAGUGGUUUAGACAGAUAUCCACAAGCUUGCGCAAUGAUGAAUGUGAUGUUUGGAAUUGGCGAUGUGUUUGGGCCAUUACUUGGAGGCUAUAUCAAAGAUAUCACCGGUGUAUAUAACAUAGCAUUCUUCAUAGCCAGUGGCGCUAGUGUGUAUAUAAGUGUCAGCAGUGUCUGUGGAGUUUAUUAUUCAAGAAAGCGACAUAUGUAAGACACAACCACAUAAAAUGACGUAAAUCUAAGAUUGUGAACGUUUCUUUUAUUUCAUUUCUAAUGAUUCACAUCAAAAUAAUUAUGUGUUGCAUAAAUACGUUAUGAAAAUAGAUUCGAAAAUAAGUCUUUAUACGUUAAAAGUGUCAUAACG